AUGUCUGAACCCGAGUCUAUGCGAAAUAUGUUGGAGAGACCGAUCUCCCAACUAGAAGCUCUUGCGCAUGGACUAUUUACCAGUCUGGCUAGCGGAAACACGCCCGAGCCUCCGAUUGCAGAACUCGCGGCUUGUGAUGCGAACCUUGCUGAAGCACUGCAACUCGCCCGGAUACACCUCCUCAAACAGAAACAAAUCGAACAAUUGAUGGAUGAAAUCCAUGAGCUUGACCGCCAGCUAGUCGAUAUCGUCGAAACUCUCGCAACAGGUCAACGCGACCUACAAGCAAUCAUAGAAGAAGGAGAGGAACGAAUAGCAUCCGCGGACAAGGCAGAAAAAAUGGCAGUCGAGUAUCCGCUACUCAUUUCAUACGGAUCCAAGUUGGCCGACUUUACGGCUGCACCACCAAAUGCUCCAGCAGAUGACAAAGAGCCAGCGGCAUUGCCAUACGCAUUCCACCCUCCAUUCCCCGCGACCGAGAUCAUGCAACGAGGAAGACUGGGUCUCGAAGAGCCAAUAGGCCCAGUUGGAGAAACGCGCGUUAUUGGAGAUACCAAAGGUCUACCCUUCAUUCAAGCGCCUGCCCAAGCGAGACCACACCCAACAGCUCAAGCAGUGCAACAGCCUCGAAGACGGGCAGCACCCAACAUGGAUCUCUUUGACCUUGACCUUAAUCCUGACCUGUAA